UUAAAGUCAUCGGCAAUAGCUGGUCUACCCAAGGACCACGUUAACCUGGACAAUGAGAUCUAACUUGGCAGGUAACUGGACUGACGCUCAGAAAAAAAAAGCGAUACCCAAUUAUUUUUGUAGCUCCUGCAAAACUGUCUUUGUAUAACUAACUUAAGGGCGUGUCCAGUUAAAACGUGUUAGAAUGGAAAACUAAAAUGAUUUAAGUUUUCAAAAUUAUUGAAGAACACGUGAAAUCUCAGCUGAAGUGAAAAGAGGGCGCCGUGCGUCUAGACACUCCCUUUGGCUCAUCAGCAAAACCCGUUACAAAUGCAAAGCAUUCCUUAAAAAGAAGCGGACAGAAGCACUAAAUCAAAUUGGAGAAAGUUGGGUUCUGUUCCUAAACUCGCCAUCUUCUGUGCCUUUACUGUCUGCGUGGCUCGCAAAUCAGGCUGACGGAGGAGCACUUUGUUCUCCGCUUUUGGCGUUUGCACCUUGGUAAGCAUGACUGGUGCCUCUUGCACAGAACUGACUUUUUUGGAUGAAGACCCCCAGCUCUCGCUCAGAUCAUGCUUGGUGGAGUUUACUAAUGCAGACUUUAUUUCUGUUUUUUGACCCUAAUCAUUCACUUGUCUGCUGCGGGGCAUUUUAACGAAGCGAUGAUGCCAAGCGAGCGGAUCACACGGACUCCCCCGACACCACCUGCAAGCGUUGCUCUUAACACAUCGAUCAAGCGAUUUUCUAGGCUCGGGAGAAAGCAGAGCAAUGGAUCUGUCCAGUCCAGCUCGUCCAGUGGCACAGCCCGGUCAAUUGAGAGUGUGGGCGUCAGACAGCCAGCCAAGAUCAAGGUCCGCCAGCACCAGCACCGCCUGUCCUGCGUGUUCAGACGCAGCGUGCUUGGGCACCGCGGGGAGAUGACUACAGCAGGGAAUGAGAUGGCAGUGAUGGAUGACCUCUCGGAGCUGUCCAAUCACAUCACUGCACCGGGCAUUCUGAAGAUUUUUGGCAACGAGAUUUGUGAAGGUGCCAACUACAAGAGUGUGCUGGCCACAACUCACUCCAGCGCCAGAGAACUGGUCAAAGAGGCUCUUGAGAGGUACUCUCUGAGCAAAACCGAGGCAGACGCCUACGUGCUGUGCGACGUCAUCGGCCGCAUCGGGGAGCAGGACUGGCAUCCUGAGUGCCUGCGCGUGGUCGGCGACAACGAGAGGCCGCUCCUCCUCCAGUCCCUCUGGAAACCCCGGGAGGGCUUUGCCCGGCGCUUCGAGAUCCAGCGGAGGGCCAGCGUGGAAGAGCGGACCUCCAAAGACAAGGACACAGUGACCGCAGGGAUCAAUGCUCAGGCCCGUAGACUGCAGAAGACGCGCUCACGGGGGAGGUCUGUGGUGCUGGACGGAGGCGGGGUUGAUGGCGUUGAGGGUGGCGGCCCUGCCCUGCAGAAGAGUCUCAGUGAAGCAGACCUUGGGCCGGAGUGCCUUAUCCAGCCUGGGCCCUCCCCUGAGCCCCAAGAGACCCUCACUAGCCAAUCGCUUAGGUGGGGAGGCGGGGCCCACAAAAUGCUGUGCUCUCCAGACAGUGAAAGAGAAGAGACAGAGAGUAGCGCUGACAACUCCACAGAGUACUCCUUUCACCCACCCCAAAACCUCCCCUAUUUCCUGCUACUGCAGGGCUUCAGUUACACACAGGAUUUCAUCAUCUAUCCACUGACUGGGAGCUGCACAGAUUUCGGUAAUGGUGCCGAGAAGUCUGAGCGGGAGAACGCUGUGGGCGUGGAUCUCUGGGCCCCGGACAUCCAACCACAGCACUGCAGCGUACGUCGACUGGCGGCUGCGCCGACCUCAGAGCUUGAGUUCAGCAGAGAGCCAGGGCUCACGGUCCUCACGCCCCUGAACGGAGCUGUUGUCAAGAGGAAUGGCGCUGUCAUUAACCGGGAGGUCCAACUGCAGUCGGGAGACAUCAUAGGCCUCGGGGCCCAUUAUCUCUUCAUGUUCAAGGACCCUACCGACGAGGCGGGACUUGCAUGUGCCGUGAACCUACCUUGGUUGGGUGAGCCAUUCGGGGUUUAUUCUCCCAGGAUGCCUCCUCUCUGCAAGAUGUGUAUCUUAUCCAUAUCCAGGGACCCACAGGUUCCUGAGGCUCUAGAGAAAGCCCUGCCCUGCCUGAGAGGUGCUGAUGGAAGACCGCUUGUUCUCAGCUAUGCUGUUGCACAAGAGGCGUGGGUCUUGCAAGAGAUCUUUACACGGGUAGACCACCGUGAUGAAAUGCACAAACUUGCCUCAUCUUUCAUGCUGUGUCUGUGCCUCCAGCAGUCAGCCACACAUUUCCCCAUGGCUGACUUGCGACGACUUCUCUUACAGAUAACCAAUGAGGUUCAGAUGGCUGUUUGGGAAAGUGCAAAGGAGCUUGCAGCUCUCCAACCUGAAAUUGAGGAUGGGGAAGAAACUGAGGUCCUGUGUGCAGUCAGCACUGAGAAGCUCCUUGGAGGUCUGAAGCCACUAGUUCUGUGGAUGGCGAACUCCAUCGAGCUCCUGCAUUUCAUCCAUCAAGAAGUGCCUCGUUUAUUGCACGGGAUCUCACAAGAGGAAGAGGAAGAGGAAGAAGAUUGCAUGGCUGUACUGGAGCUGCGCUUGUCUACUAUCCGGCCAGCCAGCGAAGAGGCCAUGACUGUACUCGAGGAGGUCGUUCUGUUCACUUUCCAGCAGUGUGUCUAUUACCUCACCAAGCUCCUGUACAGGGGUCUCCCGAGCCUGUUGGACAGUAAUCCUUUCUCAGAGAAUGGGCAGAUGCAAAUCCCUGAGGAUGUUGGUAGCGUGUUGGACAUCUUUACGAAGACAAUGAAUCUAGUCAAAGACUUCCAUGUGCACCCAGAAAUCACUUUACAACUCUUUACCUACCUCUUCUUCUUUGGCAAUACCUUCCUCUUCAACUUGCUUAUGGAGAGAGGGUCAGAAGGGAGCUUUUACACCUGGUCCUGUGGGGUUCAGAUCCGGGCUAAUCUGGACCUGCUGAUGGACUGGGCUUAUGCAGCUAGCCUGGGUGAGCUGGCCCAGAACUACCUCCUCAAACUCUCCUCAGCGGUAAACCUGCUGGCCAUGCCCAGGGAACAUCUGCUACAGGCAUCUUGGAGCUCGCUGCGAGUGGAGUUUGCGCACCUGAGCCCUGCCCAGCUGCACCACAUGCUGGGAGAAUACCACCUGCGUCAGGCCUGCCCGCCCGCCUGGACCCCAUCCAGUGACGAGGCAGAAGCAGCCCUCCGAGCUGCUGACAUUCUGGAGAGCUUUGAUGACCACCCUUCUCUCAUUCUGCCAUUGGACGGCUUUCUGCUGGACAUAAAAAAGCCCUUCACAGAGUCAAAUCUAAUAAAGCAGCUCAGCCAACUUCAGAUGACCAUCAAUAACCUGGAGUCAAGCUCACAUGCCACACAGUCUUCUCAGUGUGGAUCUGCUGUGCCACUGAAGGCCAGGCGAACCAAAAUGGAGGUUGCCCCAAGAGCUCACCUGGAGCAGAGGCACACUGAGGUAGCACUGUCUAGGGACUCUCUCCCAGCAUGCUCUGAAGGGUCAGGUGAUCUGGACUCCCGUGAAACCCUCCUGGCCCAGAAGCUGAAGGCUCUGAUGCUGCAGAGCGAGAAGCAAUACUGCCGGAACAGCGCUGGGCACUUGGCACAGGACGCCUCGUGUUUGCUCACCCCUCCGAACACGCCACAGAGCUCAGACCUGGCAGAACCAGAGACAGAAUGCCAAGACCCACAUCCACAGCACCAGACCGCCCAGUGUCGCGACACAGUCACACAGGGAGAAGGUGGAUGUGAAAAGCAUGAAAUAGGAGAGGAUGAGGUUUUUGUGGUGGAGCUGCAGAGGGCACCUAGUGGACUGGGUCUGGCUCUGGUGAACGGACUCGAAACACCACUGAAAAUGAGUGGAAUUUAUAUUAAGUCUGUGAUCCCAGGGACUCCAGCAGCUCUGAGUCAGAAACUGAGAUCAGGAGAUCGAAUCCUAGCAGUGAAUGGCCUCGGACUCUUAGACGUGGACUACCAUACGGGCAGAGAGCUCCUUCAGAGGUCUGGGGAGAGCCUUCAUCUACUGCUAUCGCGAGAGAGCGUUUAUAAAGCUGGGGUGCCGAAACACUGAGUUCCGACUCACAAGUGCACUUUGUCCUGUUAUAAUGCUAAAACGUUAGCCUUCACAGACUAUGAAUGAUUUGUGUCUAAAUCACGAUGAGGAACUAGCUUUUUUAAUGUGUUGAUUUGAUUUGAUUUGAUUUGUAUUGUAUUAUUUAAUGGCAUCGACCCUUGUUAUGUAAUACAUCUUCUGCAUCUGUUUAGAGAUGUUUCAUGAGACCAUCUCAGUGUAAUGAUACCAAAGACGUGGUGGUUUACAUAGCGCAGCUACGUGACAUGCAGUAGCGCCCCCUUCUGGUGAGCUCUCAGCAUGUGAGAGCAUCUAAAACCAGUGGAAAAAAGCAUAUACCAUAGUGUGUGCCUCGAGGAAUGAGAACGAUUUUUUAUAUUGUCUCUCUUUGAAACAAUAAAUAUAC